AGCUCCUUGUUAACAAUCCAAUUUGAACUUUGAGGUGUAGUGCAAAGGCUUCCGAUUAACCAAAACAGAUCUACUAACAAUUGACAGCAAAUUUCUGCACGUGUCAAAUUCAGCACAUCAUUACCGUUUUAAAUGUGAAAGAGUGAAGAGAAUUCAAUAGAAAUGUGUAAUAAGAAAACGGAAGAAUGCAAAUAUCAAGAAAAAACCGAUGGUCAAGCUGACGAAAUUAAAAGUUUUGGAUGGGGUAUACGACACCUUCAGAUGGCCUGUAUGACUCUCACUAUGGUGUGCCUCAUCAUAGCCCGAGCCAGCAUGGGCAUAGCGGUGCUGGCAAUGUCUGACACUGACCAAAAAAAUAAUACAAGUAUAGAAGUGUACGAUUGGGACAAAAAAACUCAAAGUUUAAUCUUGUCAUCUUUCUUCUGGGGCUAUGUUGUGAUGCAAAUACCUUCAGGUGUUCUGGCGAAAAGGUUCGGUGGAAAACCGAUUCUGUUCAUGGCUUUAUUAUCAAAUGCACUAGUAUGUCUUUCAGUGCCAACAUUAGCUGCAUGGGGUGGAUGGAUUUUAGUAUGUGCGGCUAGAGUUACCAUGGGACUUACUCAAGCGUGCCUAUUUUCCUCCACACAGACAUUGUUAGGACAGUGGCUCCCAGCCAAUGAAAGAACCAAUUAUACUGGUAUUGUAUAUGGUGGGAUACAAUGUGGCACCAUCAUUGCAAUGCCUUUGUCUGGCUACCUCGCUGAGACUUCUUUGGGGUGGAAGCUUAUAUUUUACGUGACAUCUGGUAUCUUACUUGUUAACUUGGCAAUUUGGCACUUCCUGGGCGCUAGUUGUCCAAGGAAACAUCGGUGGAUAAGUGAAAAAGAGAAACAAUAUAUUGAAGCUGGUCUUAAUGUUUCGGCGUCCAAACUGCCAACGCCUUGGAAGCAUAUUUUACGAUCGAAACCAGUAUGGGCUAUCCUCGCGCCGCAAUGUGGAUUUCUAAUAAGUUUCGUAUUUUUCUUUGUAGAUAUGCCAACAUACUUAGAAAAGGGGUUAGGAAUAUCUUUGAAGAAUAGUGCUUUACUUGCAGCCUUGCCUUAUAUUGGCAUGUGGUUUGGGAAUAACUUCUCUUCCUAUUUAUCUGAGAAAAUCUACAACAGAGGCUUGUUAAACUUGACUGCUUGCAGAAAAGUAUUCCAAUCUAUAUCUUUGUUUGGCAUUGCCAUUGCGCUAGUGGUGCUUUCUUUCUUGGGUCCUGAUCAAAAGUUAUUCGCUGUAGCAACAUUGAUUGCUUGUUUAACUAUGCACGGAUUUAGCACAGCGGGUUUCGUUGUAAACCAAUUGGAUCUGUCCCCGAAUUAUGCCGGUGUUAUAAUGUGUAUUCUAAAUUUCAUCGCCAAUUGUGGUUGUUCCCUCACACCGAUAGUAACUAGUGUCAUAUUACGAAAUGAUUCGACUGACAUUAGUCGGUGGCGCAUAGUAUUCUUGAUUAUGGCAGGUCUUUGUGCUAUCGCCAACGUCAUCUACCUUAUCUUAGGGUCUAGUGAUAGGCAGCCCUGGGAUAAUCCAAAUUACGCCGAGAAAAAAAUAGCUGACCCAGGUUAUUGUUUUAUAUUCUUUUUUUGUUUUUAUGGAUGUUUAUUCAUGUCUUUUUUCAUUUUUCACAGAAACAUUAAAUGAUUUUGAUGAAAGAAAUAUUAUGUUAUGAAUGUCGAUCAGAAAUGUUGAUAAAUGAUAAUGAUAAUAAAUGUUUUAUUGCGUAAUAUUAUAUUACUAUUUUCAGAGGAAUUAAAACCAGUACUGAAGAAUACAAAUCAACAAGAAGAAGAUAAAUUUGGAGAGAAGAUGAACUGAAAUGUAUAUUUAUAACUUAAUGCACAAAC